AUGACAAGAGGAAUACUAUCAUUAUUCCUAAUAACAACCCUACUCGUCGUUAGGGCCACGCCCGAGUCAAAUAUUAUAUACAGGAGACAAGCAACAGCACCGCUCUGUAGUAAGGGUAAUGGUGAUCUCUAUUGCAUACCAGCGGCAAACGAUACAUAUACAUAUUCCGCGGAUAAUAAUGCAACAAUAAAAUUCGCAUGGAAUACCCAAGAUGUUGUGAUCAAAACAAAAGGACAAGUAGACGUGUAUUUAUAUCGGAAUAACGACUUUGCAUUGGUAUAUAGCGAUAUGGCUGUAGAUAACAACAUGCAGAUAUUGCCAAUCAAAAUGGAUUUAUCAUGGUUCCCCUCUGCGCCUGGUCCGCAACCAAAGACUGUGGAUUUCUUUUUUAAAGUUGGGGCUUCCGGUUCAUCUCCUUUUGACGCGCCACAAGGUCCAGUAUUUCACAUCAUUGAACCAGCUGCUGAACCGAGUGCUGCGGCAACUGUCCCAGCUCCCGCAUCAAGUACCGAUGUUUCGCCAUCCACAACCACAGUUGUAUCGUCAAAUGACGACAGCACCACAUUCACGCCACCACUCAUAGCAAUAGUCUGCGUAGCAAUAAUAACAGCACUUGUAGCAAUAAUAGCACUAGUAAUGGCAGCACGGAGCCGUAAAGCGCGACCAAAUAAAUCCAUGUCCACGCUUUCCACGUCCUCUGCAACGCCAAUGGUCAGCAAAUACAAGGAUUCACGCGACCUGGAAUCACCCGUCGACGUAGCCUCGAUCUCCUCGGUCACACCGUUAUCAAAGAAAGAAAGCCAACCGAAUAUAGCCCAAAGGAUAUCGCUAUCGUCACCAUCACGAUCGAGUCUAACGGGAAUUCCGAGCCUCACAUUCUCUUCUGUGAGUUCUACUGAGGAGGAAAAGAGGUUGAGAAGAGAAGCCAAAGAGUUGAUGAAAAAAGAGUUGGCAGAGGAAGGUACUGGGUUACAAAGUGUUUCGAGAAAGCAGGCACGAAUUGAAACUAUGGAUGCAAAGGAUCUGUUGGCUCGAGGAGAACUUGAAAGCGAUGACAAAUAA